CGAUAUUUGCUGUAGGAAUAGAUGAUAAAAAGAGACCGCGUGCGCUUUGUUUUUGUUAUUUUCUUCAUGGAAGGAGCAAGAAAAUCCCCCAAUUUAAUGUCCUCCGGUCCCCCUGGGCAAUCCCCCGGAAGUACAAAUAGGAAAAGAGGCGGAUCAAGAUUCAAGAAGUUCAUCACAAAUCCCGAUCCGGUGGAUGAGCUCGGAGUUGUGGGCAGUAGUAGAGCUCGAGAUGACUACGUAGAGUACGAGACUGCAUGGAAUUACACUCCACGAGGGCGUGGAAGGAGUAGGCAUGACGUGAGGAAUCCCUGGAAUCUACCCGAAACAUCGAGACGCCCUUCGAGGGAUCGAAGCAGGAGUUUAGAGAGGAGAAGACGGGAAAAAGAAGAGAGAAGAUCAGGGAGAAGUAUGAGCAGAUCAGUGGGUAAGGAUGACAUCAGAGACUGUGGGAAUGGUUAUGAGAGAGACAAAAUUCCCCCUGAAGAUGAUUGGGAUAAAUGUCCCGACGAUGGCCUUGGCAAUCUUCCAUCUAACCACAAUUUGAAGCCAUUGAAGGUAAUUCCUGAAUUUCAAUUGAGUGCACCACCCAUUCGGGAUGCACUCGUGGACUCAUCUCAGGUGCAUCACCCUAAAAUUGAACCUCCUUGGAGGGAGGAGGAAGUAUCUAAUUCUGCGGACGAGUCGACACUCGUAAUGGUGGUUACGGAUGAAAGUAGCCCCAAUAAGCAACUCAGCAAUGAACAUGUGAAGAUUGUACGGAAGAAACUCACCCGGAAGCUCAUGAAGGCAAUUACAGAUGGGACUGGGGUUCAAUUUGAAGCUCAUACCUACGAUGGGAAGUACCUAAAGUUCACCUGCGCCAAUCAGGAGACGUGCGAUUGGCUUAAGAGUGCCGUUUUGAGUCUUUCCAAGCUCUGGGAAGGUGCCUCACUGGUUGCUAUGAUGGAAAAGGACCUCCCCACGUAUGCACGGGUAACGGCAUUCAUUCCCGGAAAGGACAUCACUCAGGAAACCUGCCAGACAGCUUUGGCGGCUCAAAAUCCCCAACUUGGCAUUGCAAAAUGGAUGAUUUGGGAAUUUGUUGAGGACAAGGAAGCCAAAGGAUUUAAUGCUGUCUUCGGUGUACCUGAGGAGUUUAUUCCCAAGAUUAAAUCUGCCAAGGAUAAAGCGUACUACAUGUUCUCCAGAAUUACCCUAAAUCACGAACAGGACAAAUAAGUUUUCCUUCUCAAUUUUUCUUUUAUUAUUUUCUUUCUCAACCUAUCUACAGGCCAUUUUGCAAUUUGUUUUUAAAGGAAAGAAAAUAAAUUUUCUUUUUAGAAUUACAUUGAUAGAAUUUAUGUAAAAAAUAAAAAGAUUGUGAAUAAAAGUUUUCUUUGAAUUAA